UCUCGGCUGAGCCAUCGGAGUAUUCUUCGGCCCACCAAUCGGACAUCGGUAGAGAGAGCGGUCUUUGUGUACAUAUCGACAUUGGAGCUUUUCGUACGACAACGCUUUUGUUUUGCUUGGGUGGAGCGGCGAUGAUCGAACACAUUGAUGGAUCCAGCUCGAAGUUUCUCUCACUCGAAGGGUAUGGGGAAGAUCGGUGCGGGAUUGGCCGAGAGACUUCAUCUUCUUCGUCUUCCCAUCUAUUUUGUGUUGUACUUCAAGGGCGUUGUCCCCUCUGGUGCCGUCAGAUGGGUGGAUGGUUUAGACAAACGAUUUUUGGUGAGUUGCAGACUAAGAGAGUCGGGGGCUCAUGGAAGUGACUGGCUGGUGGUAGUGAUGGCCAUGGUGGACCUACCACAAAUUGCAAUCUGGAUCGUGUUGAAGCUUCAAGCGGGACGCAUAACUCAAUCUACGAAGUCGGGCAGUACCAAUUUCAUUCACCUUCGUCUUCGUUCGUCGCUCCCCAAAGCCUCUUGCCCUCAGUAUUAUUCGAGGUCUGCAGUACCAUUAGCACCUGUUCUGGAGCUCAACUUUGUAGUUGUGAAAGCAAUGAACUGGGUUCAGCGUAAAAUCUAUCUUUACAAUGUUACUUUUGGGCUGUAUAUGUUAGAUUGGUGGGAGCGUUGUCUUUUCAAUACUAUCUUAGUGGUGUUGAUGUGGUAUAUUCUUUACAAUGGAUCCAAACAUGCAAAUUUCAUUCUGCAAGAGGCAUCAGCUUUGGUUACACGCAUGAAGUUGUCUAGAGCUUCAACCGAAAAUGCUGGGAUGGAGGCCUAGUAUGGUCAAAAAUUGAAUGUUUGAAUCAUCAUGUUAGUUUCUGGGUCUAUUUCACAUAUUUUAUGAAAAUAUUCACCUGUACAACCAGUUUUACAUGCUAAUUCUCACGUUUUACUCUCUAAUUGUUAGAAUUGUUAUUAUUUUUUCUUAAGGAUUUUUGGCACCAGCCUCUUUUUUUU